CUCACCUGCCAGAGAUGGACUAGAGCCGUCCGUCUGUGCACGCCCCUCCAGGUCAGGAAAGGAAGAAAGGAAGGGAGGCCACCAUGAAGAAAAUGUUCUCCUGUUCCAGCCAUCAAGUGGCGAUUGAAAGCUGGAACAAGCACGACCAGAAGCUGUUUGACGCCGUUGAGAAAGGGGAUGUGACCCGAACGUCUCUUUUUGCCUCGAGGAAGACAGCCCACCCCACCAAGCUCAACGCCCUGGGACAAUCUGCGUUCCAUCUGGCAGCUUCCAAGGGACUCACAGAGUGCCUCACCAUCCUGCUCACCCAUGGGGCCGACGUCAAUGAUAAGAACGAGGAUGGCAGCACAGCUCUGCACCUGGCCACCAUCGCUUGCCAGCCCCAGUGCGUGAAAGUCCUCCUCCAGCAUGGAGCAAAUGAGGAUUGCAUGGAUGAGGAGAAUCGUACGCCUCUACAUUGGGCUGCUUUAUCUGGUUGUGCCUCAAGUGUCUUGCUUCUCUGCGACCAAGAAGCUUUCCUUGAUGUCACCGAUAAGAAUGGCCGAACCCCCCUGAUGAUCGCGGCUUAUGGGAACCAGACAGCCAUCUGCUCACAGCUGCUCCAGAGGGGCGCCAAGGUUGACCUCCCAGAUAAGGAGGGCAAGACGGCUCUCAUCCUUGCCUGCGAAAAUGGGGGCGUGGAGGCAGCCGACCUUCUCCUGCAGAACGGUGCCAACGUGGCUUUGAUGGACAAGACUGGCCAUGAUGCCCUGUACUAUGCCACGCGGAGCAAGAAUCGGAUUCUCCGGAGACAGAUCCAGACUGCCUUGAAGAAAUGGAAAAAACGAGAACUGGGACUGUUUGAUUCGUCAGAAACUGGUUCACAGGUGCCCUCGGAGAGCGGGAAAGACACUGAUGUGAGUAGUCUGGUCUUACAGAGCGAGGCGGGCGACCAGAGUGACAAUGAAGAAGAGGCGGAGGAAGGCCCUGAGUUACGGGAAUGGCGGAGCAGGUUCCGGGAGGAAAAGAUGAAAGUCAUCCAGCUGGAACUGCAACUGGACCAAAAAGCCAAAGACUGCCAGGUCUUCUCCAAGGGCUGCCAGCUCUUGAAGGAAAAGGUCUGGGACCAGGUACAGGAGAUCGGCCAGCUCCUGCCAGACCGGGAGGGCCGUGUCCGCGACUGGCGGCAGCUGAGCCAGCGCCUCAGCCAUGAUCCCACAGAUGGGGACCACUGCCUGGACCUUCUGGCCCAGCAGGUCCGAGAGCUGAAGGAGAGGAAGAAGCAGCAGGAUGCAGAGAAGGAGCUGCCCAAAGCUUCAACGCAAGGAGGGACCAGUCCCACCAAGCUCCAGCCCGUGACGGUCCAGUGGCCCGGUGAGGAAGAAGCUGAGGAACUGAAGUGCCUGCAGAGCCAGCUGGAGGCUGCCCUGGAGGAGAAGGCCACCGCGGUCAGGAGGGUAGAGGAGAUGGAGGGGCACAUGGAGAACAUGAGGGCCGUCAUCGGGGUCUUCGAAGCCAAGAAGAAGUCGCAGAAUGCGGCUCUUAAGGAGAUGGAGGCCCGGACGCAGCAGUUGGGCGAUGAGAACCAAAAGCUGCGGGGGCUCCUGGGGAAACACCUGGCCGGUCCUCCCGAGAGCAGGCUUGCCCAGGCAAAGGUGGCACAGUGCAUUAAGGAGAUGGAGGAGACCCAGUUCAAGGCCCAGAAGGAGAUGGAGGCCAUGUUGGCCGAAAACGAGGACCUGAAGAAGGAAGCCGAGGAUGCUGUCCGUAGCAGGCUGCAGUUCCAAGCAGUGCCAUCUGGCGCGGUCAAGAAAUGUGUCGCGGCCUGGAAGAAGGUGGUCACCGGCCUGGAAGGAGCUCUGGCUAAGCUGGAACAGGCCUGUUUGUCUCUCCUGGACAAAGCCCGGCCCCUCCAAGAAGCCAUUUUGGAGCCUCCUUCCAAAACCUUGGUCAACGGCAACGGUUUUCCUGAAGAGGAAAAGAAUGGUUCUGGCCACGAGCCGGUCUGCUUAGAAACCCUUAAGGAGCUGCAGAAAAGCAGGGUAGAAAAGACCCCGCCCCAGAAUGGCCUCGCGGGGCAGGUGAAACUGAGGCCAAAACCUGAGGGGGUGGAAAACAAGGCCCGUCCGUGCCGAAGAAGCUCUGAUCUGGAGAAGGAAGUGUGGGACCUCAAGCAGAGCAAUGGUGGCCUGGUGCACGAGUUGGCCCAGCUGAGCCGGGAAAGAGAGAAGCUUCAGGGAGAACUCCAGAAGUUACAUAGCUCAGCAGAGGGCUCCCCUCGGGUGGAGAAGACCGAGCGCCUGGUGGAAGAGCUGAGGCGGACGAUAGAGGCCUUGUCCUGUGAGCUGGCGCUAGAGAAGGAGGUGUCGGGCAAGUUGCGCCUGAAGCUGGAGGAGCAGAGGAAGGAGGUGGUGUUUGUGAGGAACAACUUCCUCAAGAAGGUGAGCCAUGAGGCCGGUGGCCUCGUCGGCGACAACCUGGACAGCUGCAUCUUGAAGGAGCUCCACUGGAAGCUGGACAACGUGGUGAGGAAGCAGAACGAGGCCCUGCAGCUGGUCUCUGAGAUGGAAGAGGAGAACCGUGCCUUGGAGGUUGACCGAACCUUCCCACUGGAUCCCAGGAGCCCCGAUGGUGACAAAACCGGCCAAGAGAUCUUCAUGGAGACCUCUGAGGUCAUCGGAGAGAACUGGAGAGUCAGGGAGCAGAUGGCAGAACUGGAGAAAGGCUUGCAGGAGGUGAAGCAGUUGCUGGUUGCAUCCCAGGGAACUCCUGAGGGGCUCAAGGUAGCCAGUGUCAUGCAACUCCUGGACAAAGUCCUUGCCAAGAUGGCUGACCUGUGCCAGGAAGAAGACCAAGUCCUCAGCAAGUACGAGAAGAUCUGUAGCAUGCUGUCCACCAGGGCUCAGGUCCUAGGAGAGGAGCUGGCGGCCCUCCAGGAAAAAUAUGAGGAAGCUGCCAGAGCCUCUGCCCGCCACAAGGAAGCCCUGGACUGCCAACUGCAGAAGACUCAAGAACUGAUGGCUGAAGCGCUGGAGCAUGAGGAGGAAGUGGACGAGCUGAGAGGGAAGUCCCAGAAGUUGGAGAGCACGGUGGACAAGCUGAAUAAGAAGGUGGAUGACAUCGCUAGGAUGUGCCAGGAAAGAGACGCCAAGAUCAAGAAGUUGCUGAAGGAAACGGAGAAGCUCUCGAGUGAAAUCCUCAACUUACGGAGCGAACGCACCCGGCUCAUCCUGCAGAACGAGGUUGCACAAAAGAACCACCAAGAGAUCGUGGCCAUAUAUAGGACUCACCUGCUCAAUGCAGCCCAGGGGUACAUGGAUGAAGAGGUCCACGCCAUGCUAUUGCGGAUCCUGAGGACAGAUUGAAGUCCAGAAAACUCUGGUGAGAAACCAGUUCCCAAUUCCCCGGGCACUGGCUCCGAUUUCGGGUAUCCGUCCGUUGCGCAAAACCACACAGGAAGGGCGCAACUUUGCAAAGCCCGCAAGACCACCUGUCCUUUUUGCCAGUUGCUGGAAUUAUGAAUGCAAAACCGUUUACCGUUUGCACAAUGUCUGAACAUUCACCUCACUCUUCAGAUGGAGACCCGGAUUGGGGAAGGAAAAGA